UUUUCUCAUUUCUACGCGUUUAUGUUAAAAUUAAGACCAAUCUCCGUUGUGUUUUCUGUCAAAAAUUUUGCAAGCUACUUGCGUGGACCUGUUAUUGGAAUUAAUUUUGGUUAUACAAAUUCUUCUGUGGCUAUUUUAGAAGUCAGGAAUGAAGGCUAUGCAUGGAAGGACCAGGGCAGAAAAGCAAAGGUCCUCAAAAAUGAUGAAGACGCUUUCACUACUCCCUCAGUUGUUGCUUUUAAGGAAGAUGGGGAAUGCUUAGUUGGCGCUCCAGCUGUAAGACAGGCUUUUUUGAAUAGUCAAAAUACUGUUUUUGGUAUUAAACGAUUAAUUGGGCGGAAAUUUGAUGAUAAAAAGGUUCAGGAUUUUAGGAAAACCGUUCCAUACAAAAUUGUAAAGUCCUCAAAUGGUGAUGCUUGUGUUGAAGUUCAAUCGCAAAUUUAUUCACUUUCACAAAUUGCUUCAAAAAUUUUAACAAAAUUGAAACAGACGGCAGAAAACAAUUUGAACAAAAAUGUUAAAAAUGCAAUGAUUACUGUUCCUGGCUAUUUUGACAACUCACAAAGACUAGCAUUAAGAGAAGCUGCUAGACUUGCUAAUUUGAAAAUUAUACGUUUUGUGAUUGAUUCUAGAGCAGCGGCAAUUGCUUGUGGUUUUGAUAUUGCAAGAGAUAGAAUGUUUGUUUUAAUUUUUUGGGGGAUUUUGAACUUUAGGGGGCCCCUUUUUUAAGGACGGGUUAACAGAAUUUUCAAUAAUUUAUCAAAUUUUGAGAAUUAUUUUUUGGUGUUUUAUGGCAACCGUCUCAUUUUAUGGGAUGGGGGACUUGGAG